UAGCAUCUGAAUAGUCUUUAAUUUAUCGUAGGUGUUUCUUUACUUGCCCAAACCCUCCCUGAACAGGGUAUAAAGCAGGGUACCCAUCACAUAACACACAUCACAGCUUCAACAUGGAAACAGCGAUCACUUAUAGAGGAGCACUGUCUCUGCUGCUGAUUCUCCAUUCAGCCAGAGCAUUCGACCUGAAUUUCUGUGCCGGCAAGCCCAACGCGACAAUGGUGGAUCCAGAGAGCAGUGACAGCUACUACCGUUGUGACAAUGGGGUCACCUACCACUACCAGUGCAGCACUGGGCUAGUGUUCAACCCCCUCCUCUCCAACUGCGACUUCCCAUCCAAUGCCCCCAUUCCCAAUUUCUGCGUCAACUUGGUGGACGGCCUUUACCCGGAGCCCAGCAACCCCUCCACCUUCUACCAGUGCUUCAGGGGGGUUGCGUACUACCGGAGUUGCAGCUCCCCUCUUCUAUUCAACAGCACAACCUGGCUUUGUGACUUCCCAAUCGAGAUUCCAUUCCUGCCUAUCUACCCUCCAAAACUGACAGAAGAAUCAAACUUCUGUGAAGAGAAGUCCAACGGUUUCUAUAGCGACUCACAGAAUGUUGGUGCUUUCUACCACUGCCAAGAACACAACACUACUCACUUCCUCUGUCCCUCAAUCCUCUUCUACAACCCAAUGAUCACCAACUGCGAUUUUCCUUUCGCUGUCCCUGAACCGGAUUGCUGUGCCCAGUUGGACAAUGGUCUUUAUCCAGAAAGCAGCAAUCCAGAUGCCUUCUACCAGUGUAUCGACCACACUACUUACUAUUACACAUGCCCCUUUCCUCUUCUUUUUAAUAGAGAGUCGUUAAUGUGUGAUUUUAACAGAGUCGUUCCUCCCGCUACCCCCAGCUCUACACCUGCAUUACUUGAAACCUUCAAUGCACCCGCAUUACCCAAAACCACCACUACCCCAGAAUUAUACAACUCAAACUUCUGCGUCAACAAACCCAGCUUGCUCUACGCGGAUCCUGAAGAUCAGACGGGUUUCUACAGAUGUGAAAACGAACUCACCUUCUACUUCACCUGCCAUGAGGGCAUGGUCUUCGAUCAAAAGGUCCUGAACUGUGUGGUUCCUCCCGCUGCCCCCAGCCCUGGCUUUUGCAUCUUGAAACCCAACGGUAUCUACAGAGACCCCGGCAACAGAGCAGGUUUCUACGUGUGCAUCAAGAGACGUCCUUUCUACAAGACCUGCCCCACACCUCUGGUGUUCAACCCUGAGAUGUUAAUCUGUGACAACCUCUCUGGCACACAUAGUUAAGGUCAAUAGUACUUGAUGCACCUGCAUUACCCAA